UUCUUGAAACGACAUAUCGAAUGUCGCCAUUUUACGCUUUUCCAGUCAUUAAAUUUUCUCUCAAGCUCGCAAUUAUCUUCAACUGGCUACUGUGUAUGAUUGUAUCGUACAUUUGUUUCUAUUUUACCCUUGUUCACACAAAAGUUUUUGAAUUAUAUUCUCAUGAAUGCAAACGAAGAAUACCGUUCUACUGUUAUGUUAAAUAAUCCAUUUGAACGUCUGACUUUACAGUUAUUGCGAGGUAAAUGGAACUAUUUGUUCCGAUUCAUUGUCAUUCAGAAAUAUACCUAAUUUGAGAAAUUUCAAAUGCAUAUCAUUGAAAUAGGUGGCAAUGUUUGAUAUGCAUGCGUUAACGUUUAUCAGCAAGCGUGCCCAUCACUGAUUAGGAACAGAUAUGCAUAAAACAUUCGAUUUAGCUAAUUAUAUCUUCAAGCAGUGCACAACCAUAGCCAUUGAGAAGCAUCCCGUACUUGGUUUAAAAAUCUAAAGCAACCGAACAAUUGUCCAAGUGCUAUAAAGGUUUGGCUUUUGCUUGGUAGCCUCAGAGUUUUAAAUGACUGCAUCGCACGUCCCGCUUCGCUUUUCCAAUUAGAUAUUACAGCACACGUCAUCCUGUUGGAUUGUGCAUCAUUCGUUGCAAUGAGAAGCUUUUUGCAACCAUGGCAUGUUGUAUACAACAAGCUUCCUGCAAUAUAACGCAUAAGCCCUUUAAAAUACACUCACAAUACUAAUUAUGCAAGUACUUGUAUUGUUAUCACCUCAGUAAUGUUAACGUUCAAUUUCACCUCCUCACAGGACAAACCAUGGGUAUUUGCGCAUCUUCUGCAACUACAGCGACGUCUCGGAAAGGAAGGGUUCCCGCUGGUGGAACAGACCUUCUUCCCCAACCCACGUGAUAUGCUUGCCUGGCAACGGUUCCCAUGCGUUCUGAAGGCUGGCCACUCUCACGGUGGCAAGGCAACCGCUAAACUCGAUAACCCAGGUGCACUACAGGAUGCUGCCGGGCUGCUGUGUGGUACCGGUCUAUCCGACAGUACCUCUUACUGCAGCCUAGAGCCGUACGUUGACGCCAAGUUCGAUAUACACAUCCAGAAAAUUGGCACAAACUAUAAGGCAUUUAUGAGAAAAUCGAUUUCUGGCAACUGGAAAACCAACCAAGGAUCAGCAAUGCUCGAGCAAAUUCCCAUGACAGAAAAGUACAAAGCCUGGAUCGAUGAGGUAAGUGCUGUAAAAAUUUACUCUAAAAUAAAUUUAGGAUUAUAGACAUGCAGAUAUUUCCAUAUAUAAACUGUCUGAAAAAUCAUAUGAUUCUUUCAACACGUAAGACACAAACCUUCUUUCUCUCCAGUAACAGUCAAAACAAUCAGAUGGUGAUAAUUUAAUCAAUUAGACCGUUCCUGAUAUUUUUUCGAACUCACCUAAAUUGCAAAAUCGGCCUCGCUAAUUGAAUGUCCAGAAGUGAAAUGUCUGGAAGUGAAGAAUCAGCUUAUGAUAAAAUCCACAUAAACAAAAAAAAUGUCAGAGAUCUCUAAAGUAAUGUAGGGUAAUUCGCGAAUGUUGAACAGUUUCUAAAAAUCAUUUUAUAAAUUCUCGCUUAAUUUAAACGGCUGAUAUAGAAGCGUAUACCUACAAGGGUGCAAUGAUAUUGCAUCGAUUUAUUUGCAAAUUAUAAAUAUUUUCCAGAGAACAAAUGUUUGAAAACUUGGUGUCGUUGAAGACACGGAAAUAGCAUAAUCCUUAAAAUUAAACUUGAGAAAUUAC